AGUUAUGAGGGUCUAAAAGAUCACAUGACACCAAAAUGGCUUCCUUCCUGUUUAUUACACCAUACUGGAUUUGAUCUGGCUGGACAAAUAAAUGUUUUCAAAUAUUAAUAUUUGAAAACAAAAUGGCUUUACUGCUUAUUUUUUUGAAAACAUUGCCAAACUACUUCUGCAAACAACAUCCCUAUUUCUUCCUUCUUUUUUUAAAGAGUGUCAGUAUUUUCUCUUAUUUCUAGACACCACUUUACUUUUAUGUAACAUUGCAUAACAAUAGAUCAGGACAAAAAAAAAUCACUUGUCUUUGACUCAUAAGUAACGUCGUUACACCUGUCACCCUAAAUGAACAGCCUAAACAAACGGGCGUCUUCUGAUGAAUAAAUGAACAAUCAUUAAAAACGAAUGCGCCAGGUUCUAGUCUAGUGUGUUUCCUGAAGCGUAUCAAUGUUAUAAAGAGGUAGGGGAGGGCAGCAGUCGCUCACGUUUGUUUGAGGAGCAGCCAGGCUCGUUCUCUAUUUGUGGAUCUAUGAAUGGGAGAGUCGGAGUCCACAGUUCUUCCCCGAGACUUGUGUUUGCCCAGCCAGGCGCUGUGAAGCGUUAAAGGGAGCCGGUGGGUAUACGACGCACCCAAUGUGACCCGUGGGGAGGAGUGGCAGGCAGGGAUAGAGAGGGGCAAAAAACUGGCAGGGUGCGGUCUCAGUUCGCCGGCAACUCAGAUCACUUGACGUGCGCCAAAGGACGUGCUCAUUCAAAGACAGCAGCCGCAGCAGUCUCUCCGAGUCUGACAGCUCUCCCAGUGUGCGUCGGAGUUACCCUGUAUCUCUCGCUCCUAGAAUCUGUUAGAUAAAUAAAUGGACUUGCCUGCUCACUCUCAUUUCGGUGAUUUUCUUGAGAGACCAGCGUUUCGCAUUCUAUGGGCACUGAACACUUGGUAUCACUGGAUCUUUUCUCCGGCGUCUCUCCAUGACAGCCUCUGCGUAAAGCGCCUUUUACGCACGGACGAUGGCGAGGAUAAGGGUGAUAAAGAAGUAGAGGGUUUGUCCUCCCCAUCUUUUACCCCGUGGGGGGGAAUAAGGAUCUUCCGGGGGGUAGUUUCAAAUUGAACGGCGAGCUGUGCCACCGCACCACUCCGUGUCGGAGUGCCCGGCGGGUUGAGGUGGAAUGCGUCUCCCCGUGGUGUUUGGGCUCCUCGUCGGCUGCGCCCUGAUUUUCGCACCUGUUAACGAGGGCUGUGGGCCGGGGAGGGGACAUGGGAAAAGGCGGCCUCCAAAGAAACUGACACCCCUUAAUUACAAGCAGUUUAGUCCAAAUGUAGCCGAAAAGACACUGGGAGCCAGUGGGAGACACGAGGGCAAGAUCACCAGGACCUCGGAGCGCUUUAAAGAGCUCACACCGAACUACAACCCCGAUAUCAUCUUCAAAGAUGAGGAGAACACAGGUGCGGAUCGACUCAUGACGCAGCGCUGUAAAGAUAAGCUGAACUCUCUGGCUAUCUCUGUGCUGAACAUGUGGCCUAGGGUGAAGCUCAGGGUGACCGAGGGUUGGGAUGAAGAUGGCAAUCACUUUGAAGAUUCACUGCAUUACGAAGGAAGAGCUGUCGAUAUCACCACCUCUGAUCGCGACCGUAAUAAAUAUGGCAUGUUGGCACGUCUUGCUGUGGAGGCCGGAUUUGAUUGGGUCUACUAUGAGUCCAAAUCUUACAUCCACUGUAGCGUCAAGUCAGAGCACUCUGUGGCUGCAAAAACCGGCGGCUGUUUUCCCGCAUCGGCUCUUGUCACCAUUGAGGAUGGAAGCAUGAAGACUAUGGACAGCUUACAGCCUGGUGAAAAAGUACUCGCUUCAUCAGAGAGCGACGGAAGCGGGCUGCUCAUCUACAGCGAAGUCAUCGCCUUCCUAGACCGCGAUCCUUCUGCAGAGAAGCAGUUCUAUGCCAUCGAGACGGACACGGGUGCUAAACUGACCUUGACGGCGGCGCAUCUCCUGUUUGUAUCCGAAGGGAACUGCUCAGGGCCUGUAGUGAGUGCAGAGCUGAAGUCUGUAUUUGCUAGUGAUGUGCUGCCAGGUCAGUGCGUGGUGUCCACACAAGGAGCAGGACAGCAGGGACAUCUGUCCCGGGUCACUAGGAUCCAAAUACAGGAGGACAAGGGAGUUUUUGCGCCGCUCACCCGCCACGGCACGGUGGUGGUCAAUGGCGUGGUUUCCUCCUGCUACGCAGCCGUGGACCAGCACUGGCUGGCUCACUGGGUUUUCGGCCCACUCAGGGUACUUUCUAGCUGGGGAGGGACAGUUGGACAUCAGGCUGUGGGGAUACACUGGUAUUCCUCACUGCUGCACUGGGUUGGGACUCAUGUGCUGGAUCCAACACACUUCCAUCCCUGGAGCAUGAUGGACAAUGACAGAUGAAAACAAGCAGGGGGAAUGAGAAUGUCACUCGAAA